CAUUUUACACACAACUGGUAGAUAUAUAGUAAUCACACAUAAACGUCAUUCUACUGUUAAUAGUAGUACACAUGACAAUUUUCUCUUUACCUUUGUUUUCAACACCUAGAUGAAACAACAAGCUGACUUAAGGGGCUCCGCCAUAUUUGUUUACAGUGUAACGAAGCAGUCGAAACAUGAUAAAUUUCUAUUGUUUUGAUUGGAUGCAAAUAAGGUCAAUAGAGUUCAUGUUGAAUAUUACCGGAAGCACGUGUUAGCUGACAAGAUGGCUUCUGAAAGCGAAGAUGAUGUUGAAAUGGGAGAAGAAGAUUCAGUCAAAACGAAUAAAAAUGACACAGUUUAUCUUCCUGGGAAGUCAAUGGACGAGGGCGAACAAUUAGUGUGCGAUGAAUCCACAUACAUAAUGUACCAUCAAGCCCAAACUGAUGCUCCUUGUUUGAGUUUUGAUAUCCUGCAUGAUCAUCUUGGAGAAAACCGUGAAGAUUUUCCUCAUACUUGUUAUGUGGCUGCCGGAAGUCAAACAGAUAAAACGUAUUCUAACCAUGUGAUAGUGAUGAAGAUGAGCAAUUUAUGCAAAACUCAGAAAGAAGGCAGUGAUGAUGAAGAUGAUGAUGAAAGUGAUGAUGAUGAUGAACUCCCAGAACUAGAGACAGCAAUAAUAAAACAUGAUGGGUGUGUUAACAGAAUAAGGGCAACAUUUUUAGGUGAAAAAAAUGUAGCAGCAACAUGGUCUGAAAAAGGCAAAGUAUUUAUCUGGGAUUUAUCAAGACCAGUGAAUGCUGUUAAUAGUUCAGAAGUUAUGACAGAAUAUACAAAAAAUUGUGAAUCUCCAGCUCCUAUUCAUGUAUUUGAGGGUCAUGCAGAUGAAGGCUAUGCUCUAGACUGGUCCCAAAAGUCACCAGGCCGUUUGUUGUCUGGUGAUUGUAAGAAAAAUAUUCAUCUAUGGACACCAAACUCUAGUGGCUGGUCUGUUAGUCAACAAUCAUUUGUUGGUCAUACAGCAUCUGUUGAAGAUAUACAAUGGUCACCUAAUGAAGAUAAUGUAUUUGCAUCAUGCUCUGUAGAUAAAUCUAUUAGAAUAUGGGAUACGAGAGCAGCACCAAGAAAGGCCUGUAUGUUGACAACAUCUAAUGCUCAUGAUGAAGAUAUCAAUGUUAUUAAUUGGAACGGAAAUGAACCUUUUAUUGUAUCUGGUGGAGAUGAUGGGGUUAUCAAAAUUUGGGAUCUUCGACAAUUCCAGACUGGUCAGCCAGCAGCGUUAUUUAAACAUCAUACAUCACCUGUAACAUCUGUAGAAUGGCAUCCAACUGAUAGUUCUGUAUUUGCUGUAGCAGGGGAAGAUGAUCAGUUAUCAUUGUGGGAUUUAUCAGUAGAAAGAGAUGCUGAGGCAUCUGGGGCAGAGAAAGCAGAACCUGAUGUACCUCCACAGUUAUUAUUUAUACAUCAAGGACAAAGUGAAAUAAAAGAACUUCACUGGCAUUCCCAAAUACCAGGCGUAAUAAUCAGUACUGCUAUUAGUGGGUUUAAUAUAUUUAGAACUAUCAGUGUGUGAUCAGUUAGUAUACAAAUUGUUGUUUUAAAACAGUUAUUAGCCAGGUCAUUCCAAUGGUAUAAAAUUGGUUGUUUUAAAACUGUUGUGAAGAAGAACGAUUACACAUUAUAAGAAUUGUUGUUUUAAAGCUGUUAUGAAGAAGGAAGAAAAAGAUUAUUUGUUAGUGAUCACAGUAACAAUAUAUACAAUGUGCUUCCAUACCCAACAAUAAUUAUUGGUGUUAAAAUCCGCUUGAAAGAAAAACUAAUAUUCAUGCAAAUUUAUUCUGCUCAGGCUUUAAAGGGGGGCUAUUUUUGCGAUACCCACUAUAACAAACAUUUUAAAAAGUAGAUCAUAACAAUAAUAUUUGUUAUAUUUUUUGACAUUUUACUAUUAUUUUCAUGGGCAUAGCCAUUACUGUUUUUCAGUCGGUGCAGAAAAGGACAUUAAAUCCCAUUUCUUUCCAUUUCUGUUUGUCACAUGAUAUAUCAGUGGCGGUGUAACAUACAAAAAACUCUGUGACUGUAAAAUAGGUAUCUUGUUCACAAAUUGAUAUUUCUGUCAGUCGGUCAUAACCAUACAGCAAUUUAGUCUGAAAUUUAGUACUACUUAUAUAAUUACUAAAAUGAAAAAGUAAGAGAUUACUAUAGGACCAGGAACUGGGCGUGAUGUCAUCACAGCAAUCUUGGAAUUGUGAUGUCCUAUCAAAACUCAAGUCCGUCUAUCGAUGUUUCAUUUCGAUCGUGCUUGACUAGACGGAACCUUAGCCUUUUUAUAAAGUGUUCCCCCCCCCCCCU